GUGCCAGUACUUGCAGUGCAUAACGGAACGCACCCCUAUUCUGUAGUUCUCUAUCUUUUUCUGUUUUAGGGCCGGUUGUUCCAACUCUUGGUAAGUUUUACUCAACAGAUGGCAUAUCUUCGUCUCUUUUUUUAGAAUUUAUCUGAAAAGAGAGGAAAAUAUGCUGUCGGGUAAAACUUACCAAGAAAAAUCGGCCCUUGGACGCGCAAAUGUAAAAAGGAAAUAUUUUGUUGCCUGUUUCUUAGGUUCCGCUUCCCUCUUGUGAAUUAUGUGAAAAAAAUAUCCCUAGUGGGAAAAGCGAAUCAGAUCUUUAGAGAGCAAAAGGUUUCAGUAUAGAAGUGGACAGCGUGUGGAAACUGUCUGUAUUGAUCAGAUAUAAAACACGUGCUUGUGCUCUAUUAAAUCGCUAGAUACAUACGCAAUAUCGUAAUAUUUUAAUUAUAAUUUAAUUUUAAUUUAUAAUUUUAUGUGUUUUUGCAAGAAAAAAUUAAUUACACAAAUAAUCUGUUGCCAUCACUUAGAUUUGUAUUAUAAACUUGUGUUAUAUUGAAUUUCUUUGUAAUGGCGACGAUAGAGGAUCUACCUAACGAGAUAAUAAUCAUCAUUCUAAGCUAUAGCGAUAUUACUAUUGAGGACGUAAUUAACUUCAGAUGCAUAUGCAAGCGUUUCCAAUGUGCAGCCAAAAAUAACAAAUUCAAGGAAUUAAAGCUUUUACAGAGAUGGUCUUCUGUGAAGAAAUUUUAUGACACACAAUCUAAUGAAAAUGAGCAGAAAGAAUCUGAAGAGAAUGAAGGGAAGGAUAAAAAAAAAUUAAACUUUAUAGAAAUAGGCGUAAAUUGUAUGAAAGAAUUACACAAUUUUAUAUUCCAAAUAAUAGUAAAAUAUUAUUGUGACUCAGAUCAAUAUGAUUUAAUCGAUUAUGCAGAGAGAUUUGAAUAUAUUUUUCGAAAACAUUUUCAAGAUGAGUUUGAAAAAAUUAUUAAUAAACCUGAAAAUAUCAUAAAAUAUUAUUUCUUCAUUGACGAAUUGAAAAGAAUGAUUACACAAUCUUCAGGUUAAUAUAUAAAUCUUCCAGAAUUAAUAACGAUCAAAAUGAAAAAAUGAUUAAAAUGGAAUUAUUUCGAUAUAUGAGGAGAAGUUUUCUGAAGGAAACAUCGAAAAGAUUCGAUGCAAAACUUUGCGAGAAUCAGCUACUAGAAGAAGCUGUUACUAUUGAGAUUCAAAUCGCACAUCCUGAAAAGAUUGUAUUUUACUCAUGUGUACAAGCAUCAUUAGAUGAUAUCACACAAAAAGUUCGAAAUCGCCUUAGAGAAAAACAUCCCAACCAUUUAAUAUUCUCAAUUACCGAUGAAACUUUUUCCUAUUGGAAAAACAAUACAGAAAUGCGUGAUAGUUUCUACAACAAAGAAGAAGAAUUGCAAAUUUGGGAUGCACUCGCGGAUAUUUUCGAUAAAUUAAACUUUCAACUAUGUAAAUCGGAAGACAAAAAUGUGGAGAACUUAUGUAUAGAUGAUGUCUUAAAAAAUAAAUAUGGUCAACAUGUGAUUUUAUUAAUAAUAUAUCACAGCGUGGCCAGAAGACUUGGUUUAAAAACUAUCAUAAAACCACAGGGACGUUACCAGUUUUCUAUGUUUUGGAUACCAAAAACUGCUUUGAGAACAGGAAACUUAACAUACUAUGAGAUAAGUUUUGAGCAAUUCCCAAAAUUUCUUCCCAGUAAAACCAGGACUCCGGUCCAGCACUACGGUCGGCAAACGUUAGGAUCUAUGUUGGAAACUAUAAAGUUGAUGUACUGUUUAAGAGAAUGCUUUUCUUCUUCUACAAAAACAUAUUAAUUCAAAUCGGACAUGAAGGACGCACUAUCAUAAGGUUCCGCUUCCCUCUUGAGAGUUAUGUGAAAAAAAUAUCCCUAGUGGGAAAAGCGAAUCAGAUCUUUAGAGAGCAAAAGGUUUCAGUAUAGAAGUGGACAGCGUGUGGAAACUGUCUGUAUUGAUCAGAUAUAAAACACGUGCUUGUGCUCUAUUAAAUCGCUAGAUACAUUCGCAAUAUCGCAAUAUAUUUUAUGUGUUUUUGCAAGAAAAAAUUAAUUACACAAAUAAUCUGUUGCCAUCACUUAGAUUUGUAUUAUAAACUUGUGUUAUAUUGAAUUUCUUUGUAAUGGCGACGAUAGAGGAUCUACCUAACGAGACAAUAAUCAUCAUUCUAAGCCAUAGCGAUAUUACUAUUGAGGACGUAAUUAACUUCAGAUGCAUAUGCAAGCGUUUCCAAUGUGCAGCCAAAAAUAACAAAUUCAAGGAAUUAAAGCUUUUACAGAGAUGGUCUUCUGUGAAGAAAUUUUAUGACACACAAUCUAAUGAAAAUGAGCAGAAAGAAUCUGAAGAGAAUGAAGGGAAGGAUAAAAAAAAAUUAAACUUUAUAGAAAUAGGCGUAAAUUGUAUAAAAGAAUUACACAAUCUUAUAUCCCAAAUUAGUUUUCGAAAACAUUUUCACGAUGAGAUUGAAAAAAUUAUUAAUAAACCUGAAAAUAUCAUAAAAUAUUAUUUCUUCAUUGACGAAUUGAAAAGAAUGAUUACACAAUCUUCAAGCGAUCAAAAUGAAAAAAUUAUUGGAAUGGAAUUAUUUGAAUAUAUGAGGAGACGUUUUCUGAAGGAAACAUCGAAAAGAUUCGAUGCAAAACCUUACGAGAAUAAGCUACUGGAAGAAGCUGUUACUAUUGAGAUUCAAAUCGCACAUCCUGAAAAGAUUGUAUUUUACUCAUGUGUACAAGCAUCAUUAGAUGAUAUCACACAAAAAGUUCGAAAUCGCCUUAGAGAAAAACAUCCCAACCAUUUAAUAUUCUCAAUUACCGAUGAAACUUUUUCCUAUUGGAAAAACAAUACAGAAAUGCGUGAUAGUUUCUACAACGAAGAAGAAGAAUUGCAAAUUUGGGAUGCACUCGAGGAUAUUUUCGAUAAAUUAAACUUUCAACUAUGUAAAUCGGAAGACAAAAAUGUGGAGAACUUAUGUAUAGAUGAUGUCUUAAAAAAUAAAUAUGGUCAACAUGUGAUUUUAUUAAUAAUAUAUCACAGCGUGGCCAGAAGACUUGGUUUAAAAACUAUCAUAAAACCUAACUAUCAUAAACAGAGACGUUACGAGCUUUCUAUGUUUUGGAUAUCGAAAACUGCUAUGAGAACAGGAAACUUAAGAUACUAUGAGAUAAGUUUUGAGCAAUUCCCAAAAUUUCUUCCCAGUAAAACCAGGACUCCGGUCCAGAACGGUCGGCAAACGUUAUUUGAAUCUAUGUUUGAAACUACGAGGUUGAUGUACUUUUUAAAGGAAUACUUUUCUUCUUCUACAAAGGCAUAUUAAUUCAAAUCGGACAUGAAGAACGCACUAUCAUAAGGUAUGUUAGUACUUUGUAAUAAUAUAAAAUAACAAUAAAAAAUAAUCUCUGUGACGCAUCUUUGUGACGGGUUUUAUAUUUCUUUAUUUGUGUAUCAAAACAUUAAAAUA